GGCGAGUGUUUUGGACAGUGGACAUGGAGGCGCAGCUCAUCGAGCUUUGGCAGACUCACCCAAGCCUCUUCGAUGUGGCCUCACAAGGCUACCAUGACCGCAACAGAAGAGAGAAAAGUUGGGAGGACAUUGCCGCUCAGUUGCAGCUGCCAGUGAAUGAGGUGAAAACCCGCAUGACAUCACUGCGCACGCAGUACGGGAAACUUUUGAAACCCAAACCCAGCGGCAGUGGACAAAAACCUCUGACCUCCAAACAGACGUGGAUUCUACAGCACUUGGAUUUUUUGAAGGCCCAUGUCAUACACAGGCAUACCGAGUCCACACUCAGACUUGCUACAGAGUCAGAGGACACAGGCCCAAUGGAAGAGGGAGAUGAGGAUCAAUCAACUGUGGAAACUGAAUCAGAUGUCUUUACUUCUUCAGACACCGCCAGUCCGGUUUCUGUGACGCAGGAAGAAGAAAACGCCUCCAACAGUUCAACAGUCACACCGUCCACAGAUCAGCCUGUCAAAAGACCCAAAGUGCAGAAAGUGAAGCCAAAAUCCACAGAGCACAGCAUUGAAAUGGCCAAACUGUCCUUGCUUCAGCAGGUCCAGAACACACUUUCUGGAUCUAAUGCAGAUUCUGAGGAGGUAUUUGGUCAACAGGUAGCCUCAGAGUUGAGAAACAUUAAGGACAGAGCUCUACAGUUGAGGCUCAGAAGAAACAUAAUGAACAUUAUUUAUGACACACAGGAGGCAGAGCAGGCUGGUCAUUCUCAAUUUGCAGGUCCACAUCCUACACCAGGUCCACAACCUAGGCCUUACACAACUACACCCAUGUAUCCCAUGCACCCUUAUCAGGCCCAGCCACCCUCCCAAGACUACCAGGCCCCAUCAACCCAGCCAAUGUCCUUUCUGAAAAUGAUAAACUCUGAGUAGCUGGGUACCUUAAAACCAAAAUGUCCAACAUUAGUAUUUGGUCGGCUAUUUCUCAGUUAACUUGUUCCUGCACAGGCUGAAAAGCUGUAGU